CGGUGGUCACGUGAGCCGCGUUCAUGUGACCGGCUCACGUGCUUGCAACGGUAAAUAAAACAGGCCCCUUGCGCUCUGAAUCAGACAGACAGACACGGAGAAGAGCUCGACACUAAGAAGUAACUAAACCCACACUAACAGCUGACAGACAAGCUACAGGCAAAAUGUGGCACGCAGCCUUCCUCCUACUGGCUGCCAGCUUGUCGAUGAGCCUGGCCAGACCUCGCCUUCAACCAAUGUCCAAUGAAAUGGUCAACUACAUCAAUAAGAUCAAUACUACCUGGAAGGCUGGUCACAACUUCCACAAUGUUGACUACAGUUACGUCAAGAAACUCUGCGGCACAAUGCUGAAGGGACCUAAACUGCCAGUCAUGGUUCAGUAUGCUGGAGACCUAAAGCUGCCUAAAGAUUUUGAUGCCAGAGAGCAGUGGCCCAACUGUCCUACCCUGAAGGAGAUCAGAGACCAGGGCUCCUGUGGAUCCUGCUGGGCAUUCGGUGCUGCAGAGGCCAUCUCCGACCGUGUAUGCAUCCACAGCAAUGCCAAAGUCAGUGUGGAGAUCUCCUCCGAGGAUCUGCUGACCUGCUGUGACAGCUGUGGCAUGGGAUGUAAUGGUGGCUACCCCUCAGCUGCCUGGGACUUCUGGACCAGUGAGGGACUUGUCACUGGAGGUCUAUAUGACUCCCACAUUGGCUGUCGUCCCUACACCAUUCCUCCCUGUGAGCACCAUGUGAAUGGCAGCAGACCUGCCUGCACUGGAGAAGGUGGCAACACACCUGAGUGCAUCACCAAGUGUGAAUCUGGAUACACACCCACCUACAAAAAAGACAAGCACUUUGGUAAAUCGUCUUACAGCGUGGAGUCAGACGAGACGCACAUUCAGACUGAGAUAUACAAGAAUGGCCCAGUAGAGGGAGCAUUUACAGUCUAUGAAGACUUUGUCUUGUACAAGUCUGGUGUGUAUCAGCACGUGUCAGGCUCUCCUUUGGGUGGACAUGCCAUCAAGAUCCUGGGCUGGGGAGAGGAGGAUGGUGUUCCCUACUGGCUCUGUGCCAACUCCUGGAACACUGACUGGGGUGAUAAUGGAUUCUUUAAAAUCCUGCGUGGAUCUGAUCACUGUGGUAUUGAGUCUGAAAUUGUGGCAGGAAUUCCCAAAUGAAACCUAAGGUUUUGAGGUGCAGCGUCGUUACAUCAUCACUAGAGGGCAACACACUCCGCUUAUCUGUCACAGAACUGUGACCGCAAUUUACUGCUUUUAGUCCUUUUAGAGACAACUGAUCACUUUGCUGUUUAAAGGAAGCCACAUGCUGUGCGUGCCACAGAAAAACUCAAGCAGCCUUCAAUUCACUAAGAUGGAUUUAUAGAUCUCUUAGCAAAAAUAGCUAGAAUGUGCCUGUGCACAAAUCUCCAUUGAAGGGAUGGUUUGUCUGAGAGGACAAAAGAAAAAGUUAGUGUAAAAUUUACACAGGAGGAUAAUGUAUAAAGACAUGCCUGUGCAUUUAAUUGUAUCUCUGCUGCUUUGAUGCACACUGUCACUGUUGCAGAUUGAAUUAUCUUGGUCCACUUUUUCUGCACAUGUGGACACUGUAGGCCAUUUUAGAGCAAUGCAGGAUAUAAUUGAAUUUUAAUUGAAUUUUCAGUGAAUUUUAAGUUAUGCCUAAUGAAGCAAAUGAGAUGUUUGUAUGAGUGUAAUUUACAACUAUCUCAGUUUUUUAUGUUGAUUGCUGCUUUUAUUUGACAGAUGCAACCACUGCUACUCCACAUGAUAACUGAUGCACUCUGUAACUGAUGCUUGUUAGUGUUUUUAAGUUUUUAAAAAAGAUGAGAAUUGAACCUUUUUUAAAUACACUAGGAAAUAAGAUGGAGUGUAUUUGUUUGCCUGUAUUAAUCAAAAAUAUUGGCACAUUGUUUUUAAUUAAAUAAAAAAUGUAAUGAA